GGCUCAGGCCCCUGGCCUGGGUGGACUCCAUCGAAGCAAAAGUUAGAAAUGAAUAAAAAAAGAAACAAGUGUUGAGUAAUUCGGAAUUCUCUUGGCGGUGAGAAGAAACGCGGCUGACGAGAACAUUGCAGAAUAAUGGCGUCGCUGUGUCUUUUAGUUUUCCUGUUACUUUGUCUUCCUUUUAUUUCCGUUGCUUACAGGCCAGGGGACAUAGUUCCGAUGAGCAAGAUGGGUCAAUACCAUUCCUCUAGAACUGUUUGGCAUGACGUGAUCGGGAAACAUUGCCCAAUUUUUGCCGUUAAUCGGGAGGUGUUAAUUCCUAUAGCAAAGCCGACUGGUUACACGGGAGCUGAUCCAUAUAAAAUAUCAUUCCAAGUUGGGAAGGAGAAGUUUCUUGUUCCUUGGCUUUUUCUUAUAAAUCGUAAAAGUUCUGAAGUUCCAAUGAUUGACAUGCAUUUGAGGUACUCAGGUGGUGAUUUGCACGGUGUCACUGCUAAAAUUGUAGAUAUGCCUCAUCACUAUGUUGAAAUUCAUCCAAAUAUUCGUAAACAAUUCUGGGAUCCUCAACAUUGGCCAAAACAUGUGCUUGUCAGAUACACCUGGGAGGAACAAUCAGAGAUAGAUGUGACAUCUGGAUUUUACGUUCUGUUUGGAUCAGGUCUAAUGCUAUCAUUUAUUCUCUCAAUCUAUAUCUUGCAGUCAUCAAGGGACAAAUUAGCAAGGUUCGUAAUGGAGACUGUUGCGGAAAGCAGUGCACCUGGAGUUGGAGUUGCAAAGGUCGAGUGAUUCCUUCAGUUUCGAGAAAUGAACAAAAAUGUGGUGGUUAAGUGAUGUGUAUUAUGGCAAGGAUGUUGGAACCCCACGAAUUGAGAUAGUUAAAAAAGAAAAGAAAAGAAAAAAGAAGAAAUUGCAGAAAUAACUUUUUUGAUUGAGUCAUUGAACAAAUCUUAAAUGUUGGAAAGUAAUAUAACUGAAAGAGUCGAUCCAAGGUUUGAUGAUUAUGGUGUGUAUCAGUAUGAUUGUCAAAGACCAUGUGAUCGAAUUAUUUCAUCUAUGGAUGGCUUUUAUCCA